UCAAAUUAUAUUAUGACGUAAUUAAUCCAUGUUAUUAAAAAAUUACUCCAACAUAAACAUUUCAUCGAACAAGAAAGGUGCAAACCAGUCUAAGCAAUGGCGAAUUCAUCUUCUUCCCUUCUUCUUCAAAAUCUCAUCAGAUUAUCAGAACCCCUGAAAGAAUCACUCCUCAAAACCCAUUACGCUCCGCCAGAAACCUACGCCACUUUCUCCGUUAAAUCGGAGCUCAUCUCUCUGUUUCCAGACGCAACAAUCUGCGACGCCGCUCUCCCAACCAAAAUCAAAGACUUCGCCUUGUGCUGCGCGGCGUUGUCUUCCGCUUCAAACUCCACCUCCCAACACCUCUCGUGGAUCCCCAGAUCACUCUCAAUUCGCGCCGCUUCCGCUUUCGAAGAAUUCUCGAAUGCUUACUACGGUGAUCAGGAUGACCCGCACGCCAAGUGUUCGACGAAAAGCGUCGCCGAACUGGAGUUGGAUUUGCGUGGUGCGGCAGAUAAUGGAAAGAAGCUUUUGAUCGAGCUCAUGCCGGAGAUCUUUCCAUUGCUGAAGGAUAGAAUUAAGGAGAGUGCAAUUGAUGCUAAAGACGAGAAUGAUGGAGUUUCAGCGGCCAGUGCCAGGGCUCCGGUGGCCUCAGCUGUUUUGGCUGCCUAUCAGCUUAGAUGGAUUGUUGGACAGGUGGAUGCUCCAUACGUAGGGAAGCUUUGCGUGUUGAUGAUACCGUGUUUGUUGACGGCGCUUGAUCACUGGUCUCCAGAAGUGAAAGGCCAAGGCAUGAUAGGCUUUAUACAUCUUGCGAAAACAGCAAAUGCUGCAGAGAUUGGUGGAUAUGCGGAUGUAGUUCUCGAUGCUUGCUGUCAAAACAUUGCUUGUGAUGAUGAGAUAUGGCAGUAUGUGGUGGAGAUGUCGGUGCUUCUCAUCGCUUUACUUCAGAAGAAUAAUCCUCGUAGUUCAUGGUGUGAGAAGCUGCUAGGUGAAAUGCUAAACCAUUUAGAAAGGCAACCAAGAAAUAAGCAGCGGCGUGUUGUGUGGCUAACACACAGCGAGCCUUUGCUCGAUACUCUUGGACUCGUACUGCUAGCCCAUUUUAGACGUCUUUUCCCUCUUUUCUUCAAAUGGAUGCAUGCUGAUGAUGACGAAACUGUUUUAUUGGUUCUUGAACGUUUGACGUCAGUUGUGAGACUCACAUGGAUAAGGAAUUCUCCACACAUAGAAAGGUUGAUUGAGGAACUCGUAACUCUAUAUAAGGAUGCAGCAUUGAAAGUAGCUCGUGAAGAUAUUCGAUCACUUAUUCUUCAGAUUCUAAAGCUGAUCCAGACGUCGAAAAGACCACAGUUCGAUGCAACCUGGUUGAAGUAUAAAGAUGACCCAAACUUAGAAGCUCUCGUGCCAUCCUUAAGCUAAAGAGACCAUCCAUUGGUACACGCUCGUGCCCUUCACUCCCAUGAUGUAAGAUUAGAUAAAAUACUAUUCAUACAUCUGGAGUUCAAUGUCAUGCCCCAUUUCCCCCCCCUGUGCAUAUACAGUGGCCUUAUUUCAGGAACGCAAUAUAGGUCUCAACAAUUCAACGAGGCUGAGAGGUGAUUUGAGACAACAAUGCCACCCUUUUGGAAAGAGUUACAUGGUGCUGCCAAAGGUUGUUGUAUGAGGCAAAGCUGAAGACUUUAGGCACAUUACGAUGGCUGCUGCACCCUCAUUAGGCUUUUGCUGGUACGCACGCAGGUGAAAAGGCCCGUUGCUACUUUAUCGAGUGUGAAAAAGGCCAGAAGAUCUUGAUGCAUAUUAGGACCCUUUUGAUUCUGCAGGCCCUUUGAAGAUAAACAGACAUCAUUCAAAAGAAGUUUCUUCCACAAGGAGAGCCUUUUAUUUUUGGUUUUGGUGUUUCAAGAACCAACCUUUGCAAAUUGCAAUACAACUUUUUUGGAGAAAUUUUUUUCAUAAUAUAUUUGGGUUUCAGUA